CGUAUGCUUCUGCUGUUGCUUAGUUGCUACCUCAUCCACAUACCCACGAAAUAACACUUUUUAAUUUACAUUUGGCCAUGUAGGGAAUGAAGAGGAGACCUUUGAUCGCCACGAAAGCUGCUUCAGUGGGAGAGUGCAUGUAUGUUUCCAGCUCAGAACCUGGAUACAUUCACAGAUGGAGAGCUAUGAGCAGUUUUGCCUUCAAACUCUGUCACGUCUGCAGGAUGAGGGGAAAUUUAAAAAGUUGACACGUGAGCCACUGUGCUCCCUGAAGGCACAGUCUCUCAUCCAAUUCCAUGGAAGACCUAUUCUACCACCUCACCUUACAGCUGAACAACGCCAUGCAAUGUGUAACUACCGGCAACAGGCUGUACAGCUGGAGGUGCAAAAGCAGAGCCAGCAGAGGAACCGGCUCAUAGCUCGAGUGCAAGACCUACUGGACCAGACACAGACAAAAGACUGCGGGGUCACAAAGGUCCCAAGCGGAAACUGUCCUACAAUCAGUGGAUACACUUUAGUGACCGAUUCACCUGGACUCACCAAAGACUAUCUGGCUGCAUCCUUUUCCCACACUUCUAUUGUUUCUUGCAACAAAGAAAAGGAAAUAGAAAAGGAAAGGACAGAGGAACAAAGUGAAGAGGAGGAUGAUGAGGAUGAAGAGGACAUUAGUUUAGACAGCCUUCUCAAAAAGUCCAGGGAGUAUGUGAAACAGGAGGGGAAAGUUAUGCACACGGCUCCACCUGACAAUGCUCCUCUGGACACUAAAAUUUCAAAUUCCACCACUGUAAUUGCCUUUAGUUUGCGUCAUAGUCCUGUUGGCCAAAUGAAAAUACAGAACCAACCUCCUUAUGACCCCAUUCUCCCACAGCCUUGCUCAAGUUCCUCAAUAUCACCAGAUCAGCAUAUCCACCUCCAAGUUAAAGACUUCUGCCCUAGUCUGUGUGCCCAAAAAAGGCGCCCACGUCCCAUCUCAACAGGAAACAUCCACUUUACAUUUCCGAUUGAGCCGUCAGAUCUUAUCCCACGCAGUCCUGGAAGAUCAGCAGAAGGAGCAGUAGACCAGUUUUUCAGCACUACUCGGUCCACUCAUCAUAGAGCGUCACUGGGAGAAGACAAUGUUACUAACUGUCAAUCAAGCCAAGGGAGUAACCACCCUACAGUGGAACCCACCAGUCCUAAUAAUAAUGUAAUAUGCAGCCCAAAUGGUUACCCAGAAUCUUCCCAAUUUCGCAGACGAUGCCACACUUUGGAUAGCCAGCUCCAGAGGGGUCAUUCCACAGAGUGUAUUAACCGGAGCCAGGAAAGAGUGCCUAGGUUUAUGGCAGGCGUAACGUGGCUUGGUCCAAAUAGGCGUCUCCCUGUGACUCCUGUUAACCAGUCCUAUACCACAGAGUGCCCAUCAACUUCAAAGCCAAGUGUGACUCCUGACUCGCCCAGUCCUCCCAAAAAAGUACCAGAAGCACAAACUAGAGAUGAGGCUACCCAGAGACAAGCACAGACUAUAGAGGGCAGGCAAAGGCAUGUGCUGGAUGAGCAUACCCUUCACAUGUCCCAGCUGCUGGCGGAGCAAGAGAGAGAACAACAGCGCCUCCUCCUGGAGCAAGAGCACGUGGAGAAGAGGCUGAAAGAGCAAUUGUCUAGACGACCUCUUAGUGCAGAUGCCAGUGGGUGGAGCCACACCUGUCCCAUCAUCAGCCCCUCCUGCCCUCACCUUAGCCCUGCCCACCACCCAUCUGAGCGAUCACCAGGCCACAGCUUUGGUUUUCCAAAUCCAGCAAUAUCUCCAUCUGUCCUGUUACCCAUUACCACAUGGGGACCCAACUGGACUAGUAGCAAAUCUCGGACAAGACUCAGUGAAGUAAUUACACCAGAACUACAUAGAGCCUACUGCCGCAUUUGUGCUAUAGCACGUGGCUUUCUCACUCGACAACUCCUAAAAACGGAAAAGAUCAAACAACUGCGGCAAACUGUUGUGGACACACAAGCAUUUAUUUGUUCUUUCCAAACUGAAGCCCCUCAAAAGAAAGUGUCCUACACGUCACAAGACCUUUCUUUGCAGGAGAGAGUCAGAGCUCAGUUGCGUGUAGCCCUUUACGACAUCCAUGACAUCUUCUUUCAAAUACCUCUGUUACAAAGAUUAGGCCUCCUACAGCAGGAUCGAGAGCUUCGUUUGGAAAGAAAGCUGAGAGACAUGGAAAAGACAAAGUCUUCUAAAGAUAAAAUUCUCUCUGCUGCUACACAGAGGUCAAUAGACAGAAAGAAAAGGGUGGGUGAGUCUCCAGCUCAGACCAGGAAGGUGCAACAGAAGCCAAAAAGCCCUACCACAAACCGAGUUCUGAAACCAAGCCAAGGCCAAAAUUCACCUGCUAUGGGGCGACUGAACCGCCAGGGAAGUUGGUACAAGAAGACCCCAGAGGAGAGAGUGAGGAAAACAGACAGUUUGAAGAAGCAGCACUCUCUGGGUUGAGAUGUGACUGAAUGACCUUUGAACUUGAACUUAUUUAUUAGCUGCAGGCAAAAUGAUUGUUGAAAUGUAACAAAACAACAAAAACAUGUCUAAAUAAAUGAAUGAUUGUUUUACACCAUGUACAUUUUUAAUGUGCCUAAAAAGAUGCCUUUGUUUGCAUGUAGUUUGUUGAUAUAAUAAAUCAACCUUUCACAGGCUUACUUCACAUGAUGCAGAUGCC